AUGGCUGUAGUGGCUAUAGGAUGCAACAAUUCUUCUGUGACAAAGUUUAUCUUGCUGGGGUUUUCGGAUAAUCCUCAGUUGAAGGCUUUCCUAUUUGCAUUAUUUCUGGGGAUCUACCUCCUAUCUCUGAUCCUCAUGGCUCUGAUCAGGAUGGACCCUCACUUUCACAAUCCCAUGUACUUCUUCCUCAGAAACUGAUCCUUUAUAGACAUCUGCUAUGUAUCCUCCACCACCCCCAAGAUGCUCUCUGUCAUCAUCACUGAGCAGAAAACCAUUUCCUUGCUUGGCUGCUCCAUGCAGUACUUUGUGUUCUGUGGGAUGGGGCUGAAGGAAUGCUUUCUCUCGGCAGCCAUGACAUAUGACCUCUGUGCUGCCAUCUGCAACCCACUGCUCUACACUGUCCUCAUUUCCCACACGCUUUGUUUAAAGAUGGUGGCUGGUGCCUAUAUAGGUGGAUUCCUUAGUUCUCUGGUUGAAACAUUCUAUCAGAAUGUCUUCUGCGGGCCCAGCAUGACCAACCACUUCUUCUGUGAUCUUCCUCCAGUCUUGGCUUUGUCCUGCUCGGACACCUUCAUCAGUCAGGUGUUGUGCUUCAUUCUGGGUUGUAUUGAUGGGGUGGUGUCCGUCCUUGUCAUCCUCAUCUCUUAUAGUUACAUUGUGGCUGCUGUCCUCAAGAUCAGCUCAUCUGAAGGUAGUACCAAGGCCUUUAGCACCUGUGCCUCUCAUCUGACUACAGUGACCCUCUUCUAUGGCUCUGGUCUCUUCAUGCGACCUCCUUCCAGCUACUCCUUGAACCGGGACAAAGUGGUGUCCAUAUUCUAAGCGGUGGUGAUCCCCAUGGCGAAUCCUGUCAUCUGCAGUCUUAGGAAUAAGGAGAUUAAGAAUGCCAUGAGGAAAGUUAUGGAAAGGGACCAUGUGUUCAUUCCCAGGCAUUCAUUUUUCUGA